AUGUUACUUCAAAUCGGACUGGCUGCAUUAGCAGCUUUUGUUAUAUGGAAAUUAUUGUUUAAUGAAGAUGACAAUCCCCUGGACCAACUUCCAGGACCACCGAAAUGGCCAAUUAUUGGAAGCGCUUUAAGUUUUAUAGGGACGUCGAACACUGACGUCCUUGCUAUGUUGCGUGAUUUUCCGGAAAAGUACGGGUAUAGAUACAUGAUCAAGGUGUUCGGUCAGCGUGUUUUGCAUAUCUACAACGUAGAGGAUAUAGAGAUUAUUUUAUCGAGUUCAAGGAAUAUUACAAAAAACAAGCCAUACUUAUUCCUUGAACCAUGGCUCGGGACUGGAUUGUUGAUAAGCACAGGCAAGAAAUGGCAUCAACGUCGGAAAAUUUUAACCUCCACAUUCCACUUUAAUAUACUCAAGAAUUUUUCAAAAGUGUUCGAAGAGAAAAGUCGCGAUCUGGUCCAUAGACUGAAGCAAAUGCCUGAUGAAGUGGACGUUGCAUCUGUUUUUAGCGAUUUCACGCUCUAUGCAAUAUGCGAAACAGCUAUGGGAACCCAACUCGAUUUUGAAAAAUCUGAGAGUAGCGUUAAAUAUAAAGAUGCAGUUCAAGAUAUUGGUAAACAAGUUUCAAAUCGUCUUGCAAAAUUUUGGCUCCAUUCUGAUUUAGUAUUUUAUCAGACAACAUUGGGAAAACAAUUUGUUAAAUGCUUGAAAACAGUCCAUUCGUUUGCGGAUAGUGUCAUUAUGGAUAGAAGGAAGAAGAAGAUAAGUCAAGAAGACUUUUUAAUGAUGCAGAAUUUCGAUGACAACUCUUUUAAUGGAACUAAAAAACGGCUCGCCUUAUUAGAUUUCCUGAUUGAAGCAGAGAAAAAAGGAGAAAUAGAUUUAGAAGGAAUUCGAGAAGAAGUGAACACGUUCAUGUUUGAAGGUCACGACACCACCGCCAUGGGCUUGGUUUUUGGUGUAAUGCUGUUAGCUGAUCACGAAGAAGUUCAGGAGAAAAUUUACGAAGAAUGUAAAAGUAUAUUCGGUGAUUCGGACCGCACGCCAAGUUGGUCCGAUUUGACUGAGAUGAAAUAUCUAGAAGCGACCGUUAAGGAGAUAUUACGGCUCUAUCCCAGUGUACCAUUCGUUGGAAGACAGGUCACUGAAGAUUUUAUGCUGGGUGACGUACUAGUGAAGAAAGACGUUGAUAUACUUAUACAUAUCUAUGACUUGCAUCGUCGUGAGGAUAUCUAUCCGGAAGCAGAGGCCUUCAAACCGGAACGGUUCCUUGACGGAGAAGUUCGUCAUCCAUAUGCUUACAUACCGUUCAGUGCUGGACCAAGGAACUGCAUUGGUCAGCGAUUUGCGAUGCAAGAAAUGAAAUGUGCCCUCAGUGAGAUUUGCCGGAACUUCAGACUAACGAGAAAGGCGAAAGGGGUCCGACCAACGCUUAAGGCGGAUAUUAUGCUGCGACCUAUCGAGCCUGUUUAUGUAAAAUUUUUACAGCGUUAG